CCUCAUUUUGCAUUCAUUGUCUCCAUCGGCCAAGUGUUUCGGCAUCCAUCGCACAGACGCAUACACCCACAGUGUCUGUCUGUCGCCCAGCCCUCAUGCAAUCUAUACACACGACUUAUCUAUCAUACAGCCAGCGGCCUUGAUUGGACAAGACACACGUGGGGGCAAAAACACAGCCGUCACACUCACCAUAUGCACGACACGCACACCGGACCAUCUGAUCCACGAUCCACACAAAUUGCGAGCUACAGCAAGAUGUCAACGACGGCAAAAAGUGCCUCCUCAUGACCGACACGAAGCGAGCACUAGACGUACCGACCGACAAUUAAAAACCGUUGGAGGCACCAGCCUGCCAACCAACGAAGACUGCCCCGCCCCCCCGCUAGUGUACGGAUGUGCAAAAAGCUCUUUGCUAUCCAUGCACACACAGAGAGAGAGACACACAGAGACGCAGACAGACACACAGGGAGGGAGCACAGUGCACUCGGCUACUGACAAAGUAAGGCCCGUCACCGAUCUGCUAGUAGCCGAGAAAUGACCCGACGACCUAAUGUCUCAUGCAUGACUUGCAGCAUCAACUCUUUCGUCAAUUUAUUGGUUUAUUUCCGGCCUCUCUUGCCCAGGUUGAAGUAGGCGCGCAUGGGCGCAUCCACCAUGUAGUAGAAGAAAACCGAAAACACGGCCAGCGCCGCGGUGAAGGUGAGAUUUCUAACCAAAGGGUCGCCCUCCAUCCAAGAGCCGGCGAACCGCUCACCCGCCUAUACCACACACACACACACACAUAAAAACAACCAAAGAUGUGUUCCCUAUGCGCGCAUUUUGUGUGUGUGUGUGUGUGUGUGUCGUACUUUAAAGACGGGGUUCUGGAGGAUAUAGAUGGGCCAAGCCAGGUUCUCGGUCCACACGAGGGCGGGGUGGGUCAUGACUUGCGCCAGUGGGUCGAUCCCGACGGCGAGCGAGUAGAUCAGGUACGUCCACAGGGGGUACACGAAGUACCACACCAGCAUGUAGCCCGUUUGGGAGCUGUUCUCGAUGGUGAAAUAAAGAAUGAACACCACCGCAUAGCUCACCAUGACGCCGACUUUGAAGACAAUCGACACCUGUCCACACACACACACACACACAGAGAGAGAGAGAGAGAGAGAGAGUCGUGGGGAAUGGAAUGACACACACAUCGAUCCCGACGGCUCACUCACUUUGCUGGGGUCGAUUUCGAGUUUCCUAGUGUGUGGGUUGUAGAAGUUCUCUACGAAUAUGCGCGCCACGCACAUGCCGAGGAUGCACAUAGGGACAAACAUUAGGGGAUAGAGCUUUAAGAAUCUGACCCCCAACCACCCCGACGUGAUGUCACAGCAGCCUGACGUCACCAUCAUUCCAUCCAACCAACACAAACAACCCACACACAGUUCACCAGAGGCUGCCCGCCUCCCCUCCCCUCCCUCUCGUCCAUCGUACCUGGCCACAGAGUGCAGACCACCAUGAUUGCGUACAGCCCCCAUCGGUUGACCCUGGUAAUCCCGGCAUAGAGUGGCUUGAAAAGCAGGUAGAAGGCAAGCAGCACGGAGAGGAACCAUGAGGGGCCGUUGAAUGGAAGGUCCUCCAAGUUGAUGUCCCAUCGCCACACGUGCACCAGGAAGAUCGUGAGUGGCAGAUGCUCCAGGUCCGACCAGGAGGGCGCGGGGAGGUUCCACACGCACAGCAGGAUGGCGACCAGAUGCAAAGGAUAGAUGCCCUUCAAACGGUGGUAAAUGAACAUAAAGUAGCCCUCCUGAGAACAUAAACGUGCAGACGAGAUGGGCGAUGACCUGCUGUCAGCUAGCUCCGUUGUGUACCUGUUUGUUUUUCUGGGGGUCUUUGGCGGUGAGUCGUGUGUAGGUGAUGACAAAGCCCGACAGCAUGUAGAAGAAGUACACCCAAGUAUACCCCCACCGUGACGGGUACUGGCUCUCCCACGUCGAAUUACGCCAUAUUGGGAAAUGCUGGAAGCCAUAGAAAUGAUACCUGUGGUGCACACGCAAUACCCAGGAAGACAAAGAGCUGUAAGACACUCAGACGCAGAGUCUGACGUGCUGGCACUGACCACACGAUGGUCCACGAAGCGAUAAAUCUCGGGAAGCCGAAAGCAGUGAGAUAGGUGCUGCGGCUGAAUUGGGAUGGAGCGGGAUCUUGAGCGGCAUCGGUAGGGGGUGCUUCGAUGUCCUUGUCCUGCUGCAGGCCGAUGCUGUCGUCCACCACGCCCAUCUCAAUGCCGCUGUCCUUGCUGCCCCGACCCAUCACGAUAACAGUCUCCGACGAGAUCUACGAGCUCUCUCACAGUGUCCUCUCUCUCGAGUGCAGCAAACACAGAGUGCAGCGCUGCGGGCGGAUGCGACACAGACGGCCAAGCCACGAGAUGAGACAACCUGGGUGGGUAGGAGGCGACAGCGCCGACACGUAGACAGAUCUAUG